AUGACCAUUACCAACGAUGUAGUUCUUCCGGAAGACUCUGAGCUAACUGUGCAAGAAGUCGAUUUAUCAACAUCAACUUUGCGAGCUGGUUCUUUUCACCUAGGAAAAUACUGUGAACAAGUUAAUAAUGAGUUUAUGCUCUGCCGUUUCGAGGAAAAAGAUCCUCGUAAGUGCCUCAAUGAAGGAAAAGCUGUAACCGCUUGUACACUGGAGUUCUUUAGAAAGGUGAAGAAGACUUGUUUAGCUGAGUUCAACCAAUACGCUCACUGUAUUGACAAGAGUUCGGGUGAUAUGGGACUUAAACACUGCCGUAAAACACAAGGUGUCUUUGAUCAAUGUAUGUUGGAAAAAUUGAACUUGGAGAGGCCAUCCUUUGGAUACUUUACUGAAGCUAGGGUACAUGCUACUACAAGACCAAAACCACCAGUGGAAGAGAAGGCAGUAUACCCUGAUGCUACACCGGCGCUUCCCGAAGAUGCUGAAAAGAAACCACCCCGAUAUGGCAGUCGCUUCUACUGGAUGACAGAAUAA